AUGUAUAACCGCGGGACCCCAGACCAAGAUAUCUCGUUCGCGCUGCUUCAAGUUCUCGAAGUCCUCAUCGUGAUCAUCUUGGCCUUCGAGCAGGUCUUUCUAGCUCGUAUAUUCCGGCCGUGGUGGGUGCCGAAACACAUGCGUUGUGGUGGUCGGAAGUCGGGAAGACGUUGCCUUGACACACACGAUUGCGUUGGUGAAGAAGUGAUCCCAGGUGUGUACAUCUCUAUGAUCAUGGGACCUCCCUCUGGCAUCUCUCUAAUGCAUUAUAUAUGUGGCGUUUCUCGUAAUCGCUCCAGCUCUCGAACGCCCCACCGUCUUAGCACCGUGUCCAGGCUCCAGAACUUGGUGAGUCUCACGACGACUGAUGCUGUGCCCGAAUCAUCUCGCAUUCGAAUCACGAAUGUCCUAUGGGAUGAUGCCCAUGGAGCGGGGAAGUCCGGCGUCCCAAUCGCCGCCGGCCAACACCGUGCUGCUACACGAUCGUCGUUCAACCGUUUUGGAAUGCCCUAUGCCGGCUUCGCGAAUGCCGAGAACAUCUGCUACUUCAGGAUUUGA